GUCUUGUGUUGUACUGCAACUUUAGCUUGGGAUGUAAAUUUACCGGCUUACGCGGUAAUAAUUAAGGGAACGCAAGUAUAUGAUUCUCAAAAGGGUAGAUUUGAUGAUUUAUCAACUUUAGAUGUUAUGCAGAUCUUUGGUAGGGCAGGUUGUCCCAAGUAUGAAACGCAUAGCGUAGGCUAUAUUUUAACAACAAACGACAAACUAUCACACUACGUGUCUGCAAUGAUACAUCAUCAUCCUAUUGAAUCAAAAUUCAUAGAUAAAAUGGUUGACAAUUUGAAUGCAGAGAUUUCACUCGGCACCGUGACAAAUGUUGAUGAAGGAGUUCGAUGGCUGGGUUAUACGUAUCUGUUUGUACGUAUGAAAAAGAACCCACUUGUAUAUGGAAUUAAUUAUUCGGAACGAGAAGAUGAUCCGGAGUUAGGUAAACAACGACGCGAACUUAUUGUGAAUGCUGCAAAGACACUUCAUAAAAUUGGAAUGAUCAAGUUCUACGAAGAUACUGAUUAUUUCGAAAUUCAAGAUAUUGGUCGAAUCGCUUCCAAUUAUUAUAUAACUUACAAAAGCAUGGAAAUCUUUAAUGAAAAACUGAAAGAAUCUAUGAAAGAAGCCAAUAUUCUAUCAAUAAUAAGUCAAAGCAGCGAAUUUGCGGAUUUGAAAUCAAGAGAAGUGGAGGCUAAAGAACUUGAAAGACUUAAGGAAAAUGCUUGUCCUUGUCAAAUUAAGCAUACUACCGAUGAUACUGCUGGAAAAGUCAAUAUUUUAUUACAAGCAUACCUAUCAAAUGCUAAUAUUGAAAAUUUUGCUUUAAUAUCUGAUUCAGCGUAUGUGGUACAGAUUACAAGUCGCAUAGUUCGAGCUUUAUUCGAAAUUGCUUUGAGUCGUAACUGGGCUCAAGUUUCGUCCAUUUUAUUAGAUUUAUGUAAAUGUAUUGUUCAGCGUAUGUGGACGUUUGAGAAUCCUUUGGCUCAAUUUAAACUGCCUCGAGAGACUAUAAUGAAGCUUCAAAAUAAUUCACAUAUCCCUUCAUUAGAGGACAUGAGAGAUAUGUCCUCGGCUGAUCUUGGACAAUUAGUUAGGCAGAAUAACAUGGGCACUUAUAUUUCUAAAUGUGUAGACAUGUUUCCAAUGCUUAAAUUGGAAGCACAUGUUGCACCGAUUACACGUAAUAUUCUACGAGUAACUCUUAGUAUUACUCCUGAUUUCGUUUGGAAUGAUCGUAUUCAUGGUAUUGUAGAACCAUGGUGGAUAUUCGUCGAGGAUUCUGAAAAUAUUGAAUUAUAUCAUUCAGAAAACAAACGCUCUGUCAUUGAUCGAUCAGAUCUCAACAUGCCAGCAUGA